AUGGCAGCUUCUACUUCUCGGAUAAUUGAAGAUGACCACACUGACUUCCAAAGUGUUGGCAAAUGGGAAGCUGUAGCAUGGGUGCCAAUCAGGCCCAGGCGCUCAGUCCACGUGGGGUGUGGGUGGGUCAGGAUUCCUGAAGGUGGGGUUUGGAUGGGUGUUCCUCAGGUCGUGAAGAAGGAGAACGUCGUGCAUCUUGGAGACAGGGGCACAACAUUACAGAGUCUCAGGAUGGCAUCAUUCCCAGUGCUGCUGUUCCUGGCUGCCACGCUGAGUCCAUUCUUUCCUGCACAUGGGAAUGAGCAAGCUUCAGGUGCUUUGUCAUCCGCCCUAACAAAUCUCCAAAGGGAGAUUCUAAAUGAACACAGUGAACUCAGGAAAGCAGGUUCUCUCACUGCCAACAAACUGCCACAGAUGGAAUGGAGCAGGGUGAGAUUAGCAAAGGAAUCAAACUGGGUAAACCAGAGAAAUUACAAACACAGUGACUUAGAGGACCGAAAAGAACAAAAAUGUCGUUACAAAGAUACCUCGAAAAAUUGUGAUACGUGGAAGAAAAAGGGUUUCUGUCCAAGACCAUAUUCAGUAUUGUGUCGGAGAACCUGUGUUUGCUUAAUGAAACAAUCACUUUUCAGAUACACAUGAUCAGGGCUUUGCAGAGAAGGGAAAUAGCAUUUUCUUAGAUUUGAAAUAUGCAACUUAGGAAAUUGUAGCUACAGUAACUACAAAUCUGAUU